UUUUUUUUUUUUUUUUUUUUUUUUUUCGAAAGGCCUUCCUAUGAUCGAUUCUUCCUUCUGAAUGCGUUAUGGGGAAGUUUCUUUGUACUAAGUCGUUCUUCUCGGCCCCGCGCACCCUCCGGAGACACGGCUGAAUUUCACCCCACGCACGACAUCCAGCAAACAGCAGAUCCUGAUUAUAACGUUGUCUUCCCAGAACGUUCCCUUUUGAGAUAUUUAAUAUUUAAAUUUUCCUUUUUUGGAAAACCACACGUGGCGAAUAAAGAAGAUUGUAAAGGAGAAAUGAGACCCAUUCAAUCUGGCGAAAAAGGUUGCCGCCUCUGGAAAAAAAAUGCGAUGUUUUGCCAGCGCCAUAAAUUACCGACAGAGGAAGGGAGUGGGGCACCGUUCGCCACCGCAAAAGAAAUCCCUCUGGUGAUAAACUAUUGGCGCACCCAUAUGUUAUGGAGAAUGAUGUUAAGGAUGAACAGGAGCUUAAUGAAUAUAUUCCCUGUUUACCUUAAGAAACUUGCAACGCGGUAG